GUCUUUCAAUUGAUUAUGAACAGCAACAACUUCUUUCGUGACGAAGACUCUAAGAAGCCCCAGCACCCUGAGAAGGACCUUCACUGGUUGCACCUAGCCAUGCAGAAACAAGUGUCUGGAACCAAGGUCAGGAUGUGCUCUGUCAACCAAAAAGCCAUCAAGGAGUUCUUGCAUCACAACUCAUAUGUGCUCUUCACUGUGGGAGCCGUUGUAGUAGGAAUCAUUCUGGGAUUUGCUGUGCGACCUCAAAACUUAUCACUGAGAGAAAUAAAUUAUUUAUCCUUCCCUGGGGAGUUACUAAUGAGGAUGUUACAGAUGAUGGUCCUUCCACUCAUUGUAUCAAGUCUUGUUACAGGUAUUUCAUAUUUGGACAGUAAAGCCACGGGAAAGAUGGGAGUGCGGGCUAUCAUUUACUAUAUCGUGACUACUUUGAUUGCUGUGUUUAUUGGUAUUGUCAUGGUGACCAUCAUAAGUCCUGGAAAAGGCAAAAGAGACACUCCGGUGUCUAAUCGUGGCAGUGCUGAAAAUGCAUCAGCAGCUGAUGCAUUUCUUGAUCUAUUUAGAAAUAUGUUCCCUUCUAAUUUAGUGGAAGCCUGCUUUAAACAGUACAAAACACUUUACAUGAAAACAGUUUUGACAAAAAAUAUCACUGUUACGGUGAAUGGAAGUAGCAUUGUUAUUAAUGCCACUGAGUCCAGUCAAAUGAGAAAUUACAGCACAGUCGUGCAGACCAUACAGGAGCAAGUGGAGGAGAUUAUUCCAGUCUCUGGCUCCUCUAAUGGAGUGAAUGCGCUGGGUCUAGUGGUGUUCUCCUUGUUCUUCGGCUUUGUGAUUGGGAAAAUGAAGCAGCAGGGCCAGCCACUAAAGGAUUUCUUCAACUGCCUCAAUGAUGCCAUAAUGCGCUUGGUAGCAAUCAUUAUGUGGUAUGCUCCAGUUGGGAUCCUUUUUCUAAUUGCUGGAAAGAUUGUUGAAAUGAAAGACCUAUUACAAGUUGGAGGACAGCUGGGAAUGUACAUGUUGUGUGUCAUCGCUGGUCUGCUCAUCCACAGCCUCAUUGCUCUGCCUCUAAUUUUCUAUUUGGGUACACGGAAAAACCCCUAUACCUUCAUCUCUGGUCUGCUCCAGGCUUUAAUUAUGGCCUUUGGAACAUCCUCAAGUUCAGCCACCCUUCCCAUCACUUUCCGCUGCUUGGAGGAGAACAAUAAUGUCGACAAACGAGUAACACGCUUGGUAUUGCCUGUGGGAGCCACCAUAAACAUGGAUGGUACAGCUCUGUAUGAAGCAGUGGCUGCCAUCUUCAUAGCCCAAGUUAAUAACAUGGACCUGAACUUUGGACAAAUCCUUACCAUCAGUAUCACAGCGACUGCUGCCAGCAUUGGAGCAGCAGCCAUUCCUCAGGCUGGUCUGGUAACCAUGGUGAUUGUAUUGACAUCCGUAGGACUGCCCACAGAGGACAUAACACUCCUCAUUGCUGUGGAUUGGUUCCUGGAUCGCCUCAGAACCACCACCAAUGUGCUGGGAGAUUCAUUCGGAGCUGGCAUCGUGGAACAUCUAUCAAGAGAGGAACUGCAGAAGCUGGAUGCUGAGAUCAGCAGCUCUGUGAUUGAGGUCAAUGAAAAACCUUACCAGCUCAUCUGCCAGGAGAAUGAAUGUCUCAGACAUCGAAACAGUGAAACAACAAUGUAA